UACACCCAUCCCGGCCAAAACGACCAUAUCAACGUCGAAACCUGGCUCCCUCUAAACAACUGGAAUGAUCGCCUACAAGCAACCGGCGGCGGCGGCUAGCAAGCGGGUCAUUUCGCGCUAUCCCCGUUCUUCAUGGCCGGCGCUAUUGGUGAGGGCUAUGCUGCGACGACUACUGAUGCGGGGUUGGCGGGGUCUCCGACGACAUGGGCUUUGAAGAGUGAUGACAAUGUCAUUCUGUAUGCGCUGCAGAAUCUGGGGUCGAGGGCUUUGUACGAUCAGGCUGUUGUUGGGAAGAGUCUUGAAUACACAGAUAUCAUCGGCACGGCUGACUCUGACCUCACCAAGUUUCAAAACGCAGGAGGCAAGGCCGAUAACUCAAUCCCAACAAAGGGAACAGAGCACUACUAUAAUGCAGUCAAGGAACACCUCCCUCACGUUCAAGAUUUCUAUCGUCACUUCGAAGUCCCGGGUUUAGGACACUACUCUAGUGGUAGCGGAGGACAGCCAAAGGCUGUGUUCGAUGCACUACGCUCAUGGGUGGAGAGUGGCACUGCGCCUGAUACUCUGCCGAUCGAGUUCGGCAGUAAAGAUGGGUCUAUGCAGGAACGUGCUCUCUGUCCUUAUCCUUCCAAGGCCGUUUACUGGGGGUGGUGACUCGUCGUCUGUCGAGAGCUUCCGUUGCGUUGACUGAGAGGAAAUGCUGUCAUAGAAAUGGCGGAAUCAAUGUCUGUUGUGUAUUGAGGUAGAUAAUAAGGAGAAGAAAGAACGCCUUCAUUUCAU